CUAAUAUUGGGAGAAAAGAGAAAGCCGGGUCACACACAACAGAACACGAGGGCAAAAAAACGUCCAUGAUUCGUUCCCGCUCAAUUCCCAGAGUCACCCGCCGACUCCAUUGUUGCUUCCACCGCCACUGCUUCCGCUCCUCCACCACCGCCCCCCGACGAUGGAUUCCCGGGUCAUCGGAUUCAUUCGACCCGGACAAGCACGAACUUACGGAGCGAAUCUGCCGCAUUUUAAUACUCGAACGCUUCACUGCCCUCCACAGCCUCUCUUUCCAUUUCUCCGACGACCUCCUUGAUGCUGUCCUUCGGAAACUUAAGCUUCACCCAAAAGCCUCUCUUCAUUUCUUCAGUUUAGCUUCCAAGCAGAAAAGAAAGGGUUGGUGAAAAAUGCAUUGCACGUGUUUGAUAAUAUGCCCAAGCUGGGAUGUUUUCCAAGCAUGCUUUCUUGCAAUAGUUUGUUGAGUAGUUUGGUGAAAACUCGAGACUUUCAGUCUGUUUUUUGUGUUUAUGAUCAGAUGAUGAGAAUGGGGAUCAUCCCAGAUGUAUAUACUUGUAGUAUAAUGGUGAACGCAUACUGUAAAGAUGGUAAGGUUAGUAAAGCGGCUGAGUUUGCUGAUGAAAUGGAAAGCAAGAUGGGCUUGGAGUUGAAUCUAGUUACUUAUCAUUGUUUGAUCAAUGGGUACAUUGAGAAAGGGGAGAUGGAGAAGGUAGAAGAAGUGUUGAGCGGAAUGAAUAAACGUUGCAUUUUGAAGAAUGUGGUUACAUACACAUUGCUAAUCAAGGGUUACUGCAAGCAAGGGAAACUGAAGGAAGCGGAGAAGUUAUUCCGAGAGAUGAAGGAUGAUCCUCGGGACUCAAUUGUUCUGGAUGAACGGGCAUUUAGUGUUUUAAUUGAUGGGUUUUGUCAAAUUGGAAAAUUGGAUGAUGCUAUUCGGAUCAAGAAUGAAAUGUUGGGUUUGGGAUUGAGGAUGAACAUGUUUAUUUGCAAUUCUAUCAUAAAAGGGUAUUGUGAACUUGGUCAGCUUAUUGAACUUGAGCAAUUUAUAGACAGUAUGAGUAGGUCAAAUUUAAAGCCUGAUUCUUUUACUUAUACCAUUCUACUAAAUGCCUAUUGCCAGUCAGGUCAAAUACAAAAGGCGCUCACAUUCUGUGAUAUGAUGGUACAAGAUGGCAUAGAACCUACUGUUGUAACCUACAAUGUUCUUUUGAAAGGAUUGGGUCAAACUGGAGCCUUUGACGAUGCUUUGCAUCUAUGGGUUAUAAUGCUUAAAAGAGGUGUAACCCCUAAUGAGAUAGGAUAUGGGACUCUUUUGGAUUGUCUUUUCAAGAAGGAAAAACCUGAAAAGGCUUUGGCAUUGUGGAAACAUGUUUUAGCAAAAGGUUUCUGCAGAAGUACAGUUCUGUUCAAUAUCAUGAUCAGUGGACUGUGUAAGAUGGGGGAUCUUGUUGGAGCUGAGCAGGUGUUUAGCAAGAUGACAGAACUAGGAUGUUCACCUGAUGAAGUAACUUAUAGGACCUUAAUCGAUGGUUAUGCUAAAAUUGGAUAUAUCGAAAAAGCUUUUCAAUUUAAAGAUGUGAUGGAAAAGGAAGGAAUCAGUGCUACCAUUGAAAUGUACAAUUCCAUCAUAUGUGGGUUGUUUAAGGGACAUAAAUCUGGGCAAGUAGCAGAUGUACUCUUUGAGAUGCAGCAAAGAGGAUUAGAGCCAAAUGUUGUUACGUAUGGGACCCUGAUUGCUGGCUGGUUUAAAGAGCAAAAGCUGAAGAUAGCUUUGGAUGUAUAUUUUGAGAUGAGAAAAAAUGAAAUAGCUCCAAACACUGUAAUUUGUACCACAAUUAUUAGUGGACUAUACAGGCUUGGUAAAAGAGUUGAUGCUAAUAUGCUACUGCUGGAUAUGAUGGAAUUGGAUAUUUCUCCAAGUCUCAAACAUUUGUUUGAUCAUGUGAACUCUGCUGAAGGACCACUAGAUGCACAGAGAAUCAUAAACUCUAUUGGCAAAAGCACCGGCAGUUCCCUUACUCCGAACAAUAUUCUUUAUAACGUAGCUAUUGCUGGCUUAUGUAAAUUUGGCAGGGUAGAUGAUGCUACUGCAUUAAUAGCAGAUUUGUCAUCCAGAGGUUUUGUUCCUGAUGUGUUCACAUACAGUUCUUUGAUACAUGGUGCAGCGGUAUCUGGUGAUGUGAAUAGAGCAUUUGAUUUACGAGAUGAGAUGCUCCAGAAGGGUCUUCUCCCUAAUAUUACUACAUAUAAUGCUCUUAUAAAUGGGCUCUGUAAAUCUGGAAACCUUGAACGAGCCAUGAGACUCUUUUACAAAAUUCGCUUGAAGGGUCCAGCUCCGAAUCUUAUCACGUAUAAUACUUUGAUCGCUGGUCAUUGUAAAGCUGGGAAUAUUUCCCAAGCCUUAAAACUUAAAGAUAUAAUGACAGAAGAUGGGAUUACUCUUUCAGAGAUCACCUACUCUACUUUGAUCUAUGCUCUUCAAAAACAAGGUGAUGAAGAAAAGUCUGCAAAGCUCCUAGAUCAGAUGUUGAAGGCAGGUAUGGGGUCGAAUUCCGGCAGACAUGACAGAUUGGUCCAAGCAACAGUUGCUUCAUGUGGAUAGAGUUGGAUGAAAAUGCAGUUCAAUGUCUGCCACAUUAUGCUCCUGCAGGGAAGCAACUGAGCUGGAAACCUGCUCUUGCUCUUCAGUUUUGGUGGAUAAGUGUCAAACCCAUUAAUCACUGAUUGCCGCCAUAAGGUCAUGAACUUCGGCUGCAUGUCUCGCCAGUAUCUGAGUUUGUCAGGUAAUUUGAUCCAUUCAACUUAUUCACUGUUGGGUAAACUUUUUCUGCUUUCUUGCUGCACUUGCUUUUCUGAACCUAUAUAAUGUUUUCUUGGUUUUACCGAAAAUUUUUCAUAACGUACUUUUAUGGGGGGUCUUCCUUUGUUCAAGCUCACCCUUUCUAGUUAAUAUGGAAUUCCAUGUCAUGUUUCUCGUUUCCCUUGAAACAAGAGAUGGAGUAGCGCAUUUCUUUAAGCUGUACCGAGUCAUUAACUUCAGUUUUGUAGCUGCUAACAUGCCUUUCUGAUUCUUGAUAUCAAUUCAGCUGUUAACCUUGCAACUGAUAAUACAGCUUGUUGGGAGUGGCAAGCUUUGGCUUUGCCAACAAAGAUUGCAUAUGAUGUAACUGGGAAGCACAACGUCUUGUUGGGAGUGGGAUUAAUUGGCUGUUAUCCAUGUUCAUGGACGUUGGCUAUUGUUUUGCGACACAGGAAGUAUGUAGUAGCUUUAGAUAACGUGGAAAAAGUGAUUUGGGACUCCAGUUUUGUAAUACAAAUUGAUGAUGGCGAGUCCAACCCUAUGAACGGAAAAUUUCAAGGAUUUUUGACACUGUUAUCUUUUUGCGUUAUGCAAUUGCACAGAAGGUUUAAACUCCCUCCGUCCAAUUUUUUUUUUUUUUUUUUUUGAAAUCUUGAAAAAAAGUCUACAUUUCAAAUAGAAAUAUGUAUGAUGAAUAAUAUUCCCUCCGUGCCAU